GACUUGCGCUUCCUUCUCCUUCCCCGUGGCCCCUUCUUUCUCGCUAUCUCCAGUCCCGCACCAGCGCACCUAGUGGAAAUUUCCGGCCAAAAAAACUCAGAUAAGCCAAACUGCAAACGCGCGCAGAGACAGAGACAGACAUACAGAGAGAGAUAGGGAGAGAGAUGGGGGUGGACUACUACAAGAUUUUACAGGUUGACCGAAAUGCAAAGGAAGAUGACUUGAAAAAGGCGUAUCGGAAACUGGCCAUGAAAUGGCACCCAGACAAGAACCCUAACAACAAGAAAGAAGCCGAGGCCAAAUUCAAGCAAAUCUCUGAAGCUUACGAUGUUCUGAGUGAUCCACAAAAGCGAGCAGUCUACGACCAGUAUGGCGAAGAAGGUCUCAAGGGUCAGGUCCCACCUCCAGGCGCCGGUGGGUUCGCCACGUCCGAUGCCGGUGGCCCCACGAUGUUUCGGUUUAACCCGAGGAGCGCCGAUGACAUAUUUUCUGAGUUCUUUGGCUUUUCGAGUCCAUUCGGAGGGAUGGGAGACAUGGGUGGGUCGCGCGCCGGUGGCUCAGCUUUUCCGAGAAGCAUGUUUGCUGAGGAUAUUUUUGCUUCAUUUAGGGGCGGAGCAGGAGAAGGUUCUGCUAAUGCACCACGUAAAGCACCUCCAAUUGAGCGGACACUCCCCUGUAGUUUGGAGGAUUUGUACAAAGGGACGACCAAGAAGAUGAAGAUUUCGAGGGAAGUUGCUGAUUCCAGUGGGAGACCCACAACAGUAGAGGAAAUUCUGACAAUAGAGAUCAAACCAGGCUGGAAGAAAGGGACAAAAAUCACAUUCCCAGAGAAAGGUAAUGAGCAGCGAGGUUUGAUACCUUCAGACUUGGUCUUUAUCAUUGAUGAGAGGUCACAUAUUGUCUUCAAGAGGGAUAGCAACGACCUGAUUGUCACACAGAAAGUAUCUUUGGUUGAAGCUCUGACGGGUUACACAGUACAGUUGACAACACUGGAUGGACGGAAUCUGACCAUCCCUAUCAACUCUGUCAUCAGUCCCAGCUAUGAAGAAGUUGUUAAAGGUGAGGGAAUGCCGAUUCCCAAGGAACCUUCCAAGAAGGGGAACUUGAGAAUCAAGUUCAACAUCAAGUUCCCCAGCCGGCUUACAUCUGAACAGAAGACAGGCAUCAAGCGGUUGUUGACAUCUUCAUGAAUAAUGGUAGUAGAUCUUUGCYCUCCUCAUGCAAGUUCUAUUGCAUUUUUCCUUUGCUGCAAUUUUCAGGUAUGGAGGUUUAUGCACUGUGCUUUUAUUUAUGGGAGCAACUAUUGCAAGGUUAUUCAGUAUGUACCCAUAUAUAUCUUCUCUUUAUUUGAUGAUUGGGUUGUCUUUUUCUUCCCUUGCCAUCAUUAUGGCAAGACAAUUUAUUUUUUCUUUUAGGGGUUGGUGGUGGUGGAGUUCUAGAGUUUCUUUGUCUACUAAUUGGAAGACCUGAUACCCCUUGCCUCACUCCCCAAGAAAAAAAAAAAGAGAAAAGAAUAUAUAUUUGUGGGUAUGUAAUUAGUCUGUCCCUGUCUGUAGUGGUGUCAGAGCCAGGUCAAAUCUUUUGGUCCUGAGUUGCCCCCCAUGUCAAGGCCAUUAGACUGUGUUGGUACAAUCUUUCCGUGAAAUUCUUGUGAAAGGUCUGGAUUGUUGCUAUGAUCCUUGUGAAUAGUUCACCUUAUAGUUUCUUAUUGCUUAUUAGUGUCGGAUAUACUGAACUCAAGAAUGUGGGUUUAAUUUAAGCAUGGAUCAUAUUUAUGUCUUGUUACUACAGCUUGACGGCCGCACUAUGUGCAGAAAAUCACUUUGGCUUUGUUUUGUCUUGGAGAAUUUUUCUUAGUCUUGUGCCCUCCAAGCAACUAUUACAAAUCUGGUUAGGCUUUUCUGUCGACGUUUUGGCAAGUACUGCAGUGAUUAAGAGUGAAGAGAUGCAAUGAAAUAUUUGCAGAAACCGGAUAUCUUUACAGAAAAUUUUCUGAGUAUGAGAACGGAAAUGAACUCCAUGCCUAAUUUGUAAGGGAGGCUUUAAUACUUUUGUGCUGAUUGGAAGGAUCUUCUGUGAGCUAUAGAAUUGUGUUGGAAGAAUUUUUAGUUUUUAAUCAUAUAAUGGAAAUGAUUCAGAGGGCAGUUUCUUGCA